CAUAACAGUGGAUGUGAGAAUCUUACCUUCAUAAAAGUGAGAGAUAGAAGACAAUGUAAGAUGGAUACUGAUGAUCUAAACCUGACCUUUUCUGAUACAACUCCAGAUUGCUGGUCAUAUUACAAACACAAUGCGACAAAUGAAACAAGUAUUAACAGCGAAGUUGAUGAUUCAGACUUCAGAUUAAUGACGAUAACAUUUACCUUAUACAUCAUCAUUUUUGUUCUUGGGACUAUCGGUAAUGGAUUAGUCAUCUGGAUUGCUGGAUUCAGGAUGAAGAAGACAAUCAGCACUGUGUGGUUCCUCAACCUGGCCAUUGCGGACUUCCUCUGCUGUGCUUCUCUUCCUCUGCGCAUUGCAGAGUGGUCUUACUUUUUCUCAAACUAUGUUGAACACACAGAGGAUUUUUGCAUAGCAAAUAUUAUUCUGUUCAAUCUUAAUGUGAGCGCCAGUGUUCUUCUCUUGACGGCCAUGAGUAUUGACCGCUGUGUAUCCGUUCUGUGGCCAUUUUGGGCUAAAGUUCAUAGAACACAUAGGCUAGUGAGAAUCAGUGCAGCAAUUAUUUGGGUGCUGAGUUUGCUCCUGACUGGUAUAGUGUAUUACUUAUAUAGAGUUCUUCUUAAAGAUAUUUUUGAAUGGUGUAUAUUAUCUUGGAUUAUCAAGAACAAUCUCCUUAACAGAAAACGAACAAUUCAACUGAUCAGGUUACUUAUAAUGUUUUUGAUCCCUUUUCUCAUCAUCUUGAUCAGUUAUGUUAUUGUUUUCCUCAAAAUCAGAAAAUGUAAGAGAUCCCAUAGAUCUCAGAGGCCCUACAGGAUCAUCACCGCUGUUAUAUUGGGUUUCUUUAUCUGCUGGCUUCCAUAUUACAUCUGGCCACUAACACCCAUCUAUUAUAAACCUGCAUAUGAUAUUCAAUUUUAUGUAGUAAAUACUAUUGUUACUAACCUGGCUUGUCUUAACAGUUGCAUCAAUCCAAUCAUUUAUAUUUUUAUGGGCCAAAAUGUUAAAAUCGGCUUCUUUGGAUCUAUCCCCUCCAGGCUACAAAGAGCUUUUAGUGAACAUCCUAAUGACCUACAAGAGGAUUAUGAACAUACUGCCACUACUGAUGUUUAAAAUAUAUUCCACUUACGUAUAUGGAAACUGUUUAAAGGGGUUGCCUCAUGAAGAAAAAAAAAAUCUAUAUUUUUCAAACCAAUACCUGUCACGGCUGAGGAUGGGGGAAACCCUCAGCCGUGCGAUGCCAGAUGAUGUU